AGAUCAAAUUUUGGCAAAAUGUGGAUACAUUUGUGAGCGCUCCAUUUACAGUUGGUUAUGGAAUGUAGUGGCACAAAAUAGUCCAAUUACAUUCCUACGGAACAGGACUGCACGUAUUGUAGUCCGUUUGGAAAUGGUAAUCCAUAGGAAAUGGGGACUUUCACAAACCUCCGUUACUACAACGCCCACAACCCACUGUGUGAUUCUUUGAGGCGUGAGAGAGAAAGGAAGAGAAGAUUUUCAACUGCAGAGUUGUACGGUUGAGCAGAAUGUGUUUAACUAUUUGAGGAGGUUUGGGGCUUUGAGGCAGUAGAAGCAGUAUCCAGUCUUUGAGUGUUGGGUUGUGAGCAGCAGUGUGUGGGCUCUCUAUACCAGGACCUCCAGCCCAUACCAGGGACCUCCUCCCAGGCAGCCAGCUAGCCCCAUAGGGGUCAGAGACCCCUGGUAUGGAGGCCUCCUUUGGCCCCACCUUCUCAGCUGUUGCUCCUGGAGCUAAAGCGGAGGGUUCCAGCACCUAUAAGCAGCAUCGCCGCACACCUUCCACAUCCAGCACCCUCACCUACUCCCCCCGUGACGACGAGGAUGGCAUGCUACCCAUCAGCACCCCGCGGCGGUCCGACUCAGCCAUCUCGGUGCGUUCCCUCCACUCAGAGUCCACCAUGUCCCUUCGCUCAACCUUCUCGCUGCACGAGGAGGAGGAGGACAUGGAGCCCCUGGUGUUUGCGGAGCAGCCGUCAGUAAAGCUUUGUUGUCAGCUCUGCUGCAGUGUCUUCAAAGAUCCUGUCAUCACCACCUGCGGGCACACCUUCUGCCGGCGAUGUGCCUUGACCUCAGAUAAGUGUCCAGUGGACACGGCCAAGCUGACAGUGGUGGUGAACAACAUCGCCGUGGCCGAGCAGAUCGGAGAACUCUUCAUCCACUGUAAAUACGGCUGCCGUGCGCUGAACUCUGCCCCCACCACGCCCACCACCCCCACGGCCGGGUCUAACGGGACCGCUGGGGUUGGCGCCGCAGGGGGCGGUGCCAGCGCCAGUGGAGGAGGGACGCCUAAAAUGGGCGUCGCCGUGAACUACGAGGUGGAUCCCAAGGGCUGCCCCUUCACAAUAAAGCUCACCACUCGCAAGGAACACGAGGUGAGCUGUGACUACCGUCCGGUGCGCUGUCCCAACAACCCCUCCUGCCCCCCCCUGCUGACCAUGAACCUAGAGGCACACCUGAAACAGUGUGAACACAUCAAGUGCCCCCACUCCAAAUACGGGUGUGCGUUCAUAGGCAACCAGGACACAUACGCUACUCACCUGGACACAUGCAAGUUUGAAGGACUGAAGGAGUUCCUCCAGCAGACCGAUGACAGGUUCCAUGAGAUGCAGCUGACUCUGUCUCAGAAGGAUCAGGACAUAGCCUUCCUCAGGUCCAUGCUGGGGAAACUAUCUGAGAAACUUGACCAGCUGGAGAAGAACCUGGAGCUCAAGUUUGAUGUGCUAGAUGAGAACCAGAGUAAGCUGAGUGAAGACCUGAUGGAGUUCAGGAGAGAUGCUUCCAUGCUCAACGAUGAGUUGUCCCACAUCAAUGCCAGACUAAACAUGGGCAUCUUGGGCUCAUAUGACCCCCAGCAGAUCUUCAAGUGUAAGGGGACGUUUGUGGGCCACCAGGGCCCGGUCUGGUGCCUCUGUGUCUACUCCACUGGGGACCUGCUGUUCUCCGGCUCCUCGGACAAGACCAUCAAGGUCUGGGAUACCUGUACCACCUAUAAGUGCCAGAAGACUCUGGAGGGUCAUGAUGGCAUUGUGUUGGCACUGUGCAUUCAGGGGAACAGGCUGUACAGUGGUUCUGCUGACUGCACCAUCAUAGUGUGGGACAUUCAGACACUCCAGAAGGUGAAUACUAUCCGCGCCCAUGACAACCCUGUCUGCACGUUGGUCUCCUCCCACAACAUGCUAUUCAGUGGCUCCCUUAAAGCCAUCAAGGUGUGGGACAUUGUGGGGACGGAGCUGAAGUUGAAGAAGGAGUUAACUGGGUUAAACCACUGGGUUCGUGCUCUAGUUGCCUCCCAAAACCACCUCUACAGCGGUUCUUAUCAGACCAUUAAGAUUUGGGACAUCCGUUCUUUAGAGUGUGUCCAUGUCCUCCAGACCAGUGGGGGCAGUGUCUACUCAAUUGCUGUCACGAACCACCACAUAGUCUGCGGAACAUAUGAGAAUCUAAUACACGUGUGGGACAUAGAGUCUAAGGAACAGGUGAGAACCCUGACGGGUCACGUGGGGACUGUCUACGCCCUGGCUGUCAUCUCUACCCCAGACCAGACGAAGGUGUUCAGCGCCUCAUACGAUCGCUCACUCAGGGUGUGGAGCAUGGACAACAUGAUCUGCACACAGACCCUACUGAGACACCAGGGGAGUGUAACAGCUCUGGCUGUCAGCAGGGGGCGCCUUUUCUCCGGAGCCGUGGACAGCACCGUCAAGGUAUGGACGUGUUAGUGGAUGCUGAUUGGUUGAAAAGAGAGCAGCUAUAGGACACACCCUCCACUGUUCUAAUGGACCCUCUGUGGACUGAGACAUUCAGUUUGCAGGAAUACACUCAUCUUCAACCCAGCUUCCAUUUUCCCUGAGAACAGAAUGUUGGAACUCCUCUCAGGCAUUUAUUUUACGCCUGCUAUGUUAUACCAACUCUGAAACACACACAAACACUCACAUUCAUCUCUGAUUGUGCUUCACCAUUUUUCAGAAUCAUGACUGUUUGUAAUAGCUAUACAAUAUGAACUUUGACCUCUGAUGUGGGGUUAUGGCCAGAUCGGGGGGGGGAAACAUCUUGAUGACCUCAGCCCAGUGCAUAAUGGGAGGAGCUACCUUAAUGUGGCUCUGCCCCCGGACUGUAGACCUCCCCUGAUUGGACCACACAAGGCCUUGUGUUGGCUUCCCUAGACGAAUGCCUUGACUUCAGGACCCAGACCCCAUCCCAUUGGUGGACCAGUAGGACCCAGACCCCAUCCCAUUGGUGGACCAGUAGGACCCAGACCCCAUCCCAUUGGUGGGCCAGUAGGACUCAGAACCAGCCUGGUGGACCUACACAUUGGUCUGAGAAGUGCCAUUAUGGACCUGACGUCUGGGUCAUUCUACAGUGGAUCAGCCGACUGUCGGUUCUAAAGAAACAGUGAUACCAAUGCUAUUUAACCCUCGUCGCUGUUUCGGCCUGUUCUUCUGUUUAAAGGUCAUCUCUUUUAGCUGAGACAUGCAGCGUUUGCUGUGAACGCGUCCUCCUCGGAGUGCGAAUGUUGCCUUUUUAAAAUGUUCACAGCGACGGGAUUGGCUGAAGCCUUGGGCUCAGUUCCACCGUGUUUGUCGCGCCAAGAGGACCUCAUCAGGUGAACUGUGUUCUGGCACGUUGGCGGUCAAGUCGACAGUGUGAGACGGAAACAUCAUGGAAAAGAAAUGAUCAUGCUUAUGGAUUUGAAUGUGCUGAAUAAUGUCUGUAGCACAGGCAGAAAGGAAGGUCCUUUGGUCGUCUGUGUUGCUUGUUGCCUCCCGGCAGGGUGUUGGUUUCAGUCCCAUUAGAGGACUUGUGAUACAGUGUUUAGCAGGUCAACCAUUACAUUCUGAGGACAUUCUUGUGUUCAUGUCACUGUAUGAUGUGUUUUGGAAGGCUGGAUAAUGACACAUUUUGGGACUAUUGAAACACCAACAUAUAGUUCCUGGCUGGUUCAUUGAACUCCAAAAGUAUUUUGACAUUGACACUUGUGUUAUUUUUGGCUCUGUCUUUCAGUCCUUUGGAUUUCAGUUGGAACAAUGACCAUGGAGUUAAAGAAUGUCAGCAUUCAUUUGUGGUUCAUUGAUGAACCAUUUAGAAAUGGCAGCAUGCUUUGUUUGUCACCCCCCCCCCAUUCUAAGGUGCCAAAAGUAUCUGGAGAUAUUCACAUUAUAUGCAUUAAAAGUAGCCAUAUUUCUGACAUGGUCGCAUAUUCUUCACAUGCGAUGUGUUUCCCUGAUCAUGCUUUGCCAGGACUAUACCGCAGCCGUCAUCCGUUUCUGCUGGUUUCAGGCCUUUUGGUCUUCAGUACGGAUUCAGUUCAGGUGAUUGAUUUGGCCAGUCUGUUACUUUCCUGAAAGAUUUCUCUGUAACUGUGGCUGUGUGUUAGGCGAUGGAUUAUAUCCUCACAGUACAGGCAUUCUGCACUUUUUAACCCAAUACUCAUUGUAUCAUAUUAAGGUCC